ACAUAUCAUGUCUGUGAAUUUGAGGGAUUCCAAAUAUAUUGCUCCUCAGCUAAAAUAUAAUUUAUUCACGUUUUAAAGGAAACCAUUUUGAGUUCCAUUUAAACCAGCAGAGGGGGUUGUGAUUCACAACCAAACCAGACAAAGGGAGAGAGGGAAAGAAAGAAGAGAGAGAGAGACAGAGUCCGAGACUAGAGGCCACUCAAGGAGUGGAGGAAUUCAUCCAUUACGUACUUGGUAUUUUAAGGGGGUGUUUUAAAUAUCUAUUUCCCCCCUGUUGCUAUCCACCCUAUUACAAGUGAUAGAUCCACAGGCUCUGGUUCUGGACACUGGGCAGACCAGACACAACAUCCACAGCAUAACAAAGGAGGACUAAGGACAUUUACAGUCUAGCUCAAUGUCUCUGUUAUGGAUAGUGAUACUACCAGUAACAGCCUUUGCAUUUCACGUGGAGCUAAAACCAAAGAGUGCUUUUUUCAGAGUUGGUGAUAGGCAGCAACUGCGAUGCUCCGUGAAGGAUUGUAACGAAAAGGUUACUAUCUCCUGGGCUUUGCUGGGGGAUAAGCCCAUGUUUGCUAAAAUACACACCUCAGGGUCAGAAUCCGUGGCGGACUUUGACCCUGUGAUGACAGUACAUGAUGACACACUUCUCUGCAAAGUCAGUUGCGGAGCAUUGACGAAACAACAGCGUGCGGUUGUCAAAGUGUACUCAUUUCCAGAGGCUCCUGUCAUAUCAGGCUACGACCAUCUUCUCUUGGGCCAGACCAACACUCUGACAUGUGAGGUGACAGACGCUUAUCCCGCGGAGUACCUGCGGCUUGAGUGGCUGCGAGGAGACAGGAUGCUCCAGACAAACGCAGAGUCGGUUGUAUCUACCUACAGGUUCACGCCCACCUCAGAGGACAAAGAGGCAAGCAUCACAUGCAGAGCCUCUCACGAUCAGGAUGGUGUGCCUGAUGAUGAAAAGACCAAGGAAACCACUGUCUCUCUCACAGUGCUUUAUGCGCCACAGAAUAUGUCAAUAUCUGAGGCGACUGCUGUGAGAGUUGGCUCCAGUCUCACAUUGUCGUGCCAUGCUGAAGGGAACCCCAGACCAGAUACACAGUGGAAGGCCUUUGGUCCAGAUGGACAGGCUGUUAUAGUGGGGCAGAGCGAAGAGCUUGUCCUUACAGAGAUUACACUGGUGGAUUCUGGUCAAUAUGAGUGUGUGGCAAGCAACACCGUUGGAAACAUCACAGCCAGCGUGAAUGUCAUUGUUCAAGCUCCCCCAACCAACACCACCAUCACAGUGAGCCCAGCCAGUGAUGUGAAGGAAGGGGAGAGCGUGAUGGUGUCCUGCCUGUCAGACGGAGCUCCGGUGGGACGUAUGGUGCUGAGGAGACUCUCUGAGGACCAGGAUGUAGAACUCCAGUCCAGCAACGGCUCUUCCACCUCCUUCACCCUCUCCUCUGCCCUGCUAGCAGACUCUGCUCUCUACCAGUGCGAGGCCUUCAAUGAACACGGCAGUCAGAAAGUCAGCGCCUUGCUCUCCGUUGAAGCGUAUCCCCUGGAGGUGACGAUUGAUGUGGGGGUGACGGCUGAGAUGGGAUCCAACCUGGUGCUCUCCUGCCGGGCUUCGGGCUGUCCCCAGCCAGCCUUCCACUGGAGGAGCAUGCUGGACAUGCCCGUCGAUAGCCGUGCACACACCCAGGACUCCCUCUCCCAGCUCCACCUGGGCCCACUUGGGCUGGCCAACGAGCAAGCCUACACCUGUGAGGCCAAGUGUGGCUCUGUCAUCAAGGCCAAGCACACUGAGGUCAAGGUCUUCUCUUUCCCCUCGGACCCUAUCAUCGAGAACACUGGCCCCUUUCUGGAACACAGGGUAGCCACUUUUUAUUGUUCGGUAGCCGACGUCUACCCAGCCAGUCACCUGCAGAUCCAGUGGCUCGAUGGGGAAAUCGAGCUACACUCCGAGGUGGGUCAGUACUCCAGUGAGCUCCAGAAUGUGACGUCAACGCUAUCUUUCUCGGUUGGACCGGAGGACCAGGGCAGACAGAUCACCUGCAGAGUCAGUCUUCAGAUGGACGAAGUCCCUCAGAGUGGGAGAGAGAGACAGGCGGUGACUGGACUGGAGCUCCACUAUGCCCCCAGGGGAACCACCAUCAAAGUGAGCCCAGCCAGUGAGGUAAAGGAAGGGGAGAGCGUGUCGGUGUCCUGCCUGUCAGACGGAGCUCCGGUGGGACGUAUGGUGCUGAGGAGACUCUCUGAGGACCAGGAUGUAGAACUCCAGUCUAGCAGCGGCUCUUCCACCUCCUUCACCCUCUCCUCUGCCCUGCUAGCAGACUCUGCUCUCUACCAGUGUGAGGCCUUCAAUGAGCACGGCAGCCAGAGAGCUAACACACACAUUACAGUUAAAGCACCUCCUAGGAACACAACAGUCAUGAUAUAUCCAUCCGCUGAGGUGCAGGAGGGCCAAAAUGUCACCAUCUGCUGUCGCUCUGUUAGUUUCCCCCCACCUGCUGUGGUUUUAAGGAAACUGGAUAAUGGCACAGAGCUCUACUCCCCGGAUGGGAACUUCCUGCUGGUGAACCUUACUCCCAACGAUACAGGCCUAUACCAGGUGAAUGUUACCAAUGACCUGGGUUACGAGACCGAGAUCUUCAGCAUCAACGUCAUAGAGAAUCACUCCAGUACUUCACCGGACUGGAACCAGAUAGUCAUUCCUGCUGUCUGCGUGGGUAUCAUGGUGACCACCAUGGGCCUAGUCCUGGACCACCUGAGGAGAGCCAGGAGGAAGGGCUUCUAUGAGCUGGCCAAGUGUAAGCCCGGCUCUGCAUAGACUAGAGGAGUCUAAAACCUGCAGGCCGUGAGCCAGAUUAUGGCCCCCACUUGUGCUACCAACAUGACCAUUUACUGUAUGUGUAUCACGUAGGUGAGUGUUUUGUGCAGCCGUGCAAAAAUGUUUCCUCAGGCAAAAUGACUCACCUGGCAUACCAAGGGACAGACUCACCUAGAGUGGAGAGGGAACAGACGAGAGGUUUGCCCAUUGUCCAGUGUCCAGGUCUCCGUUGAAGGACAAGGCCGUAUGACCUUUUGGAUGUUACUAGAAGAGGAAAAAAGAAGUACCUUUAAGGAUGUGUUGUCUUCUGGAUGUGUGUGUAUGUGUGAACCAUUGACUUGCAUAUCCGUUGAGCCUUAGGUUCCCAUUUAUAUUAAACCUAAGCUAUAAGUCAGUAAAAGGUGUAAUAAUUGAACUGUCUGCAUCUCACUAUCAUUUGCUCCUUCAUCACUUCUUUAUCACUUCUUGGCAGCUUUUGUUAAACCCAUUGAUGUCUAAGUGUCAAAACUAUUGGAUGAAUGCAAUAUGUUACAUGUAUUAAACAAAAUCCUCCAAUUUGUAAUUGGCUGUGAUAAAAAGUU